AAAACUACGGUACGGGUACGUUACCAUAAAAAAAAAUAAAAUUAAUUAAAAUAUAUUGUUAAAGAAAUCUCAUGUAGAUAAUUCGUGGCAACCACUGGUAAUUCAAAAUCAGCACAUUCUUAUUUAAUUAUUUAUAAUAUUUCGUGUAUAGGUCCUGAAUGUUUGAUUUACUGUGUAAGUGUAAUUAUGUAUGAUAUCAAAUUAUUGAGAUUGAAUCGGUGGAAUUUAAUGGCACGCUACUUCAAGAAUGCUUGUUAAGAAUAUUUUUUUAAAAAGAAGCUAAAAUGAUGGCAAAAUCGUAAAAUCCAUUAAGUAAUUUUUUUUAAUUUCCUUUUAGUUUUUUAAGUAAGAAUUUCGUUUUUUCAUAAUACAACUCGACAAAGUUAUUAAAAUGGGGACGCGUGGGUUUGCUUUGUUGAAACGGGGUGUGCACUUUUUUUUCUUUUUUUGACUAAAUAAAAAAGGGGUGUGCACUUUGUUGAAAGUAAUAAUCUCUUUUUCACAAAACAACUCGUCAAAAGAACCUGGUGUGCACUUAUUACAAAGAAAGAUGCUUGAAACAAUAAUACAAAUCCUUGAAAUAUAGACUAAUAAACAAAAGAAAGAUGCUUGAAGUUUCCCAUAAAAUGUAAGUCACUAACUAUGAAUAUUUAACAUGUGAAAAGGUGCCAAUAAAUCAACUCUUUACUAUCUUGUUUAUUACAUCUCACUGAUUCCAUUCCAGUUAGAUUCAAAUGGCUAGUAGCAGCAACUCCUCUGCUUUAGCUACAUUGCCAAAGAAGAGGAAGAAUUAUUAUGAUGUGUUUGUCACCUUCCGAGGUGAAGACACUCGCAACAAUAUCACUGAUUUUCUUUUUAAUGCCCUUGAAGAGAAAGGCGUUUUAGUAUUUAGGGAUGACACUAAUCUUCCAAAAGGUGAAUCCAUUGGACCCGAACUCUUUCGUGCAAUUGAAGACUCUCAGAUUUUCGUUGUCAUAUUCUCAAUGAACUAUGCUUCCUCAACUUGGUGUUUGCAAGAAUUGGAAAAGAUAUGUGAAUGCGUUCAAGUUUCUCGAAAACAUAUUUUGCCUGUUUUCUAUGAUGUUGAUCCUUCUGAGGUGCGAAAGCAAAGUGGGAUUUUUGCUGAAGCCUUUGUCAAACAUGAACAAAGAUUCCAACAAGACUAUGAUAUGGUGCAAAGAUGGAGGAAAGCUCUCACACAAGUGGGAACAAUCUCUGGUUGGGAUAUCCGUCAGAAACCACAAUAUGCACAAAUUAAAGAGAUUGUUGAAAGAAUAAUAAAUAUUCUGGAUUGCAAAUCUUCGUGUGAUGAUGUUCAUGCUCAAGUGACAGCCACACCAUUUGGCAGAGGUUAUGAGGCCUUGGAAUCCAGAACAUCAAUGUUGACUGAGAUGAUCACGGAAUUGAAGUAUCCUAACAACUUCAUUAUUGCGGUGUAUGGGAUGGGUGGUGUGGGUAAGACAAAACUUGUGGAACAGUUAGCUUGGCAAGCAAAGAAAGAUAGGUUAUUCAGUGUUGUAGCUAUUGCUACUAUAACUGAUUCUCCAGAUUUGGAAAAAAUUCAAGGCAAAAUUGCUGAAGAUUUGGAUAUGAAAUUUAAUAAGAAGACAAAAGAAGGAAGAGCAAUGCAAUUACGUCAAAGGAUAUGCAGUGAGAAGAGUAUUCUCGUUAUUCUUGAUGACAUUUGGGGUAAACUUGAUUUGACGGAAGUGGGGAUUCCUUUUGGUGAUGAUCACAAAGGAUGCAAGUUGGUAGUGACAUCCAGAGAUCGUAACGUAUUGAACUCUGAGAUGGACAUUCAGAAAGAAUUCAGACUUGAAGUUUUACAUGAUGAGGAUAGUUGGAAAUUGUUUGAGAAAAUGGCAGGUGAAGUUGUUAAAGAUUUCAAUAUAAAACCAAUUGCAGUAGAAGUGGCCAAACUUUGUGCUGGGUUGCCCCUUUUGAUAGUUACUGUGGCAAAGGCUUUGAGGAAAAAGCAUGUCUCUGAUUGGAAGGAUGCCUUAAAUGAAUUAAAGAGAUUUGAUCAAGAAGGGUUGCAUAAUAAAGUUUACUCUACUCUGGAAUUGAGUUAUAAUUUUUUAGAGAGUGAGGAACUGAAGUUGCUAUUCUUAUUCAUUGGUUCCUUUGGACUAGAUUACCAUUACACUGGAAAACUGUUUUCAUUUUAUUGGGGGUUAGGCUUAUAUAGACACCCUCACACGUUGACAGAUGCAAAAACCAGAUACUACAAAUUAAUAAAUGACCUCAAGGCCUCUUCGUUGUUACUUGAGUCUGAAGCUGACCGGGUUAGAAUUCAUGAUGUUGUUAGAGAUGUGGCUAAAUCAAUUGCAUGUAGGACUCGCCCAACCUAUGGGGUGAAAAGGUACACUUCGAUAAAAGAAUGGCCAGAGAUAGAUCAACAUCAAAAAUGCCAUCAGAUCAUCGUGCCUUGGUCUUAUAUUCACAAGCUUCCUGAGAAGCUGGAGUGCCCAGAGUUGAAGCUACUUCUACUGAGUAAUAUCCGUGACUUUUUGAAAGUCCCCGAUGACUUCUUCUCUGAGAUGAGAGAGCUAAAGGUCCUUGAUUUAUAUGGAAUGAAUUUUACCCCUUCUCCAUCACCAUCACUUAGUCUCUUGACAAAACUCAAAACAUUGAAUCUUCCUGGAUGUGUGUUCGAAGACAUAUCAAUAGUUGCAGAGCUGAAAAGUUUAGAGAUUCUCAGGCUUGAAAGAUCUCAUAUUAAAGAGCUCCCAAAAGAAAUAGGACAGCUAACUAAUCUUCGAAUACUGAAUUUAACCAAUUGCACUGGACUGAGAUUCAUUCCUGCAAAUCUUAUUUCAAGUUUAACAUGCUUGGAAGAGUUGUACAUGGGGAAUUGCUUUAUCCAAUGGGAUGUCAAGGGAAGCAAAAGCAACAAUGCAAGUCUCGAAGAGCUAAGGAAUUUGUCUCAUCUAACUGCUUUAGACAUAAUGAUUCAAGAUGCUUCAGUUUGGCCAUGGGACUUGCAGGUCUUUGAAAAGCUUGAAAGAUACAACAUAUUUAUUGGUGAUAAGUGGAAAUGGUCUUUGGAUUGGUCUGGAAAUGCUUCUGAAUCUUCGAGAAUACUUAAGCUAGAAGACAGUAGGAGUUCAAACAUUCUUUUCGAUAGCGGGUUUAACUUCUUGCUGAAUUCUGCUGAGGAGAUGUGCCUUGCCAAAAUACAAUGUGUUAGCAAUGUCUUUUAUGAACUAAACAGGGAAGGUUUUCCACAAUUAAAGCAUUUGUGCAUUCAAGACAGUUCUGAUCUGAAGUACAUCAUUGACUCAAUGGGACGCGGCAAUUCUUAUCCUGUUUUACCCAACUUAGAGACUUUGGUUCUUGAAAAUCUGUUUAAUCUGGAAGAAAUAUGCUAUGGCAUACUUCCAAUUCAAUGUUUUUCCAAACUAAAAUCUUUUGAAGUCAAAGGCUGUGACAAGUUGAAGAAUCUGUUAUCGUACUCUCACGAUAGAAACCUUCCUGAACUUCACAAAAUUAAAAUUUCUGAUUGCAAAAUGAUUACAGAAAUCAUAGUUGUGCAAACAUCUGAGGCUGAUAAAGACAUUGACAAGAUUAUGUUCCCCAAAUUGGGUUCACUUGAAAUCGAGCAUUUGCCUAGUCUCAUUAGUUUCUGUUCUAUUCCAUUGAAAGCUGAUAAACAGUGCAUGCCUGUGGAACUAAUUAAUCAAAAGGUUGUGAUGCCCCACCUUGAACUAUUAAAGCUGUCUAAGAUCAAUUCUAGGAAACUGUGGGAUGACAAUCUUCCGGGAUGUUCUUUCAGUCAAAACUUGAGGAGUUUGACAAUUGACGAAUGUGAUAACAUAGUGUACGCAUUCUCAUUCUCAAUGGUUAGAGAACUUGUAAACCUAAAGCAUCUUGCAAUUAGUAAUUGCCGAAUGUUGGAGGAGAUAGUUGUCUUAGAUGAAGAGUUCGGUAAUCUUCCUUUAUCUCAGAAACCAUUUUCUAUUGAUGAGGUUGUAUUUCCAAACCUGGAGACAUUGGAAAUCUCCCACAUGGAACACUUGAAGUCAUUAUGGCACAAUCAACUAGCUUCAAAUUCCUUCUGCAAACUGAAGCAGUUGAAAAUUCAAUUCUGCAAUAAAUUAUCAAAUGUAUUUCCAUCUUAUGUGCUUGAUAAAUUACAGAAGCUGGAGAUAGUGACUGUAACUUGUUGUGAUGCUCUUGAAGUUGUAUUUGAAACACAAGGUCUAAAUGCAGCUGGUGGUAGACAGACAAGGCUGGAAAUGCAAUUGAGAACUCUCAAUUUGAACCAUUUACCGAUGCUGAAACACAUAUGGAGUGGGAAUCCUAAUAAAAUUUUGCAGUUUCUAAACCUCUGCCAAUUGAAAGUUACUGAAUGCCAAAACCUUAAUCAUGUAUUUCCCUUCUCUAUGGCUAAAGAGAUUCAGCAUCUCCAAGAGCUUUUUAUAGCAAAAUGUGGCGUAGAGAUUAUUGUAGCACAAGAUGAAACGGCUGACACAGAUCCAUUAUUUAUUUUCCCAGAAUUAACAUCUUUGAGUUUCCGAGAUUUAACAAAACUUCGAAGCUUCUACGGUGGAUUACAUAACUUGGAUUGUCCUGUUUUAAGACAUGUGGAUGUGUAUCAUUGUGACGAGCUCGUACUAUUCAAUCCAAAGUCUCCAAAUUACCAAGAGAUUGUCCCAGUUGAUACAGUAGCCCUUCUCUCAAUUGAAAAGGUUGUCCGCAACACAAGGCAGCUUAUUCUGAACAGCAAGGAUGUCAACAUGUUAUGCAAUGGUCAACUCAAUGAUGAGCCUAUCUACACAGUACAAGCUCUUAGCCUGCGAUGUUUUCAUGACGAGUCUGACAAAUUUCCAUCUGGUUUCCUCCAAAAGUUUAUCAAUCUCAAAAAGCUUAAGGUGACAUGUAGUUCCUUCACAUAUAUUUUCUCGAGUGGAAGCGAAUGCGCUAGACAUUCUGAAACAACUAUCAAGUUGAGAAGUUUAGAACUCGUUACGUUAAACAACCUCGAGUUUAUAUGUGAAGAGAAAUCUGAGGUGCACCCAAUUCUUCAAAAUAUUGAAACUUUGUCUGUACAUAGAUGUUCUAGACUGAAGAAUGUAAUUCCAUCAUCAGCGCUGUUUGAAACUUUAGAGCAGUUAGUGGUGAUAGAUUGUCCUGGUUUGGAAAAUAUUUUGAAAUCAUUAACAGCUAUCAGUUUACAAAAACUUAGAAGAUUAUACAUAGAUGGUUGCGAAAAGAUAGAAGAAAUAGUUGCAAGUGAUGAUGAGAAUGAUACUUCUGAGCUGGCUUUUAUGAAGUUGGAGUAUCUGAUGUUGAGGAACUUACCAAGGCUACGAAGUUUUUGCAAGGGAAGACAUGGCUUCAAAUUUCCACUACUCAAGUCAUUAUUUGUAAUAAAUUGUCCAGUGAUGGAAACUUUCUCACAUGGAGUGCUGGAUGCAGCAAAGCUCGUAGAAGUACGAGUAACACUUAAAUAUGAAUUUGAAUGGAAUGGUGACCUUAAUACUACUAUAAAAAAAAUGAGUAACAGAAAAGGUAAUAUCAACUGAAUCAAUUAUCUCCAAUCAUGAUUCAAAUGUUAUGGCUUGCAUUCUCACAUUGUUGAUGUUUUUUUCUUGUUCAUGAAUAUCCAGAACUCUGAGGAUGAUUGAUUUUGUCCUCAAAAAUUAAAUGAAGGCUCAAGUAGAUAAUUCGUCGAAACCACUUGGUUGUAUCCAUAUGUUUUAGGUAUGAGGCUAAUCGGCUAGUCCUUAAUGUCACAAAGCGUUUACAACCAUCAUGAUGUAUCGGUUUAAUGACUUUUCUAUGAUAAUGACUUCUGUAUCUUGUUUUUCUGUUGUUUGCAAAACUAAUCUCUACUAAAAUUUCCUUCUCCUCAGUUAAUAUUGGUGCUGAAUGUUUGAUUUAGUGUGUAUGUUUAUGAGAUCAAUUAAUAAUUACAAUUUAUUAUUGAGAUUGAUCA